AUGAAUAUGGCCGGCUCCUGUACCUUCUGGUCACUCAUUAUCCCGCUUGUAUCUACCAUUCUUGGGAUUACCUUUCAAAACUGGGCCGCUCCCACGACUGGAUUCCUAUUCGGUACUUGCACUUGUGAUAAUGCUCCCUUAUCGCCUCGCCAUGCUAGCUGGGGCACCUGGUUUCACCCUUCUAGAUCCCCUUCAAAGUCUUCGCAGAAACCGCUAUGUGACGAUGACGACUGGAAUCUCCUCCACCAUUUAGGCGGCAACGGUCCAUGGAUCGAGAAGAACGAUGGAGAACAUGUUUUCGAGGGAAUCGGUCCUCCUGAACGCUGUUCAAUUGAGCAAGUGCACAUGAUGUCCCGUCACGGAGAGAGAUAUCCAACCAAAUCCGCAGGAAGUCGCCAUCUUGCACUUUUAUCCCGUAUCAGAGAGUCAAAUGUACCUCUCAACGGCUCACUGUCCUUCGUCAACAAUUGGUCCUAUUUCACCAGUGAGCCUGAGAAAGACUUUGAUCAAUUGACCGCAACUGGGCCGUAUGCUGGUAAACUGCAGGCUUUCACCACCGGAGUCCGCUUUGUGACUCGGUAUGGGCAUCUCUUGUCGAAACAUACCAAGACACGUCUAUGGGCAAGCGAAUGCCAACGCGUCAUAGAAACGGCCCAACACUUCGCCUCAGGGAUGUUUGGCCUCGACUGGGAAAAUAACGGCAAGGCCGAGCUGGAGAUUAUCCCAGAAACAUUCGAUCAGGGCGCAAAUACACUAACGCCGGGCGAUACGUGCUUGAAGUAUCUGGAAGAUCCCGAAAAGGGACACGACAAUGGUAUGAACAUGCGGAAUCGGUUUCAAGAAGUGUAUGCCCCAGCUAUCGCGAAGCGCCUUGUCUCCGAACAAGACAAUCUUGCCUUGGGGUCUUUUUCGGAUGAGGAGAUUUUCAGCAUGCAAGAGAUGUGUGGCUACGAGACCAUUGCCCGAGGAUCGAGUCCUUGGUGCGGUGUCUUCACCAAGGAGGAAUGGGAAAGUUUCGAAUAUGCUCGGGAUAUAAUUCACUACUAUCGAGCGGGUCCUGGAAACCCAUAUGCUGGUGCGAUGGGAUGGCUGUGGUUGAAUGCCACAACGACACUCUUGCAAUCCGGCCCUGAAUCUGGAACCAUGUUCUUUAGUUUUGUUCAUGACGGCGAUAUAGCCCCUUUUCUGACUGCUUUGGAUAUCAUGAAAGAUCCGCGGUAUGAUCCGUCACUUCCCAUCACACAUAUAGCACGAGACCGCAAAUGGCGCACCUCGACUGUGAUGCCGAUGGGUGCUCGUAUUGUUCUGGAACGAAUGGCAUGCCCAUCAGCUUCAGUUCAGAGCGAGGAAUCCGGACAGGACAGCUUUGUCCGCGUCAAUAUCAACGACAGGAUUGUGCCGCUACCUUAUUGCAAAUCUGGGCCUGGCCAUUCGUGCCCGUUGAAAGAGUUUGCUAGGCAUGUCGAGCGAAGGAGGUCAGAGGUGGGAGAUUUCAGUGAAGUGUGUGGACUUGAAGGGGAUGUUGGACACUUAGGAUUUUUGCGACAGAAUUAG